AUGGUGCGCCUCACACACCUCGCGAGCAGCGCCCUGCUUUUCGCCGCGAGCACCACAGCAUGGCCGUACGACGAGUCGCUAGUCGGCUACAACAUCAACACGAACAAGACGGCGACCGACCCGGCCGACUACGACGGCUCCUGGGGUAAUGAUCAUAAAUACCACCCGUCGCCCGACAACUGGCGCUUCCCCUUCUACACGCUGUUCAUGGACCGCUUUGUCAACGGCGACCCGACUAAUGAUAAUAUUAAUGGCACGACGUUUGAGCACGACUUGGAUUCGAAUCAGAUGAGGCAUGGAGGCGAUGUCGCGGGGUUGGUCGAUACGUUGGACUACUUGCAGGGCAUGGGGAUCAAGGGUUUAUAUCUUGCCGGAACACCGCUCAUGAACCAGCCCUGGGGCUCGGACGGAUACUCGGCGCUGGACACGACGCUGCUCGACCAGCACUUUGGCACGAUCCAGGUGUGGCAGGAGGCCAUCACGGAGAUCCACAGGCGGGGGAUGUACGUGCUGUUCGACAAUACCAUUGCUACCCUCGGCGACCUCAUCGGCUUCGAAGGCCACCUGAACAGCACCACGCCCUUCAGCGAAAAAGAACACAAAGCCCAAUGGAAGUCCGACCGCCACUACGUCGACUUCGACAUCGGCAACACCUACAACGCAACCUGCGACUACCCGCGCUUCUGGUACGAGGACGGCAUGCCGGUCAACGAGUCCCUAACCGCCGGUCUGGUGGGCUGCUACGACUCCGACUUCGACCAGUACGGCGACAUCGAGGCGUUUGGCGUGUGGCCCGACUGGAAGCGCCAGCUGGCGAAGUUCGCCUCCGUCCAGGACCGUCUGCGCGAGUGGCAUCCGACCGUGCGCGAGCGGCUGAUCAAACACACGUGCAUGAUCAUCCGCACGUUCGACAUCGACGGGAUCCGGUACGACAAGGCCACGCAGUCGACGGUCGACGCGUUGGGCGAUAUGUCCAAGGCGUACCGCGAGUGUGCGCGCGAUCUGGGCAAGGAGAAUUUCUUCAUUGCGGGCGAAAUUACCGGUGGAAAUACGUUUGGCUCCAUCUACCUCGGUCGCGGGCGUCAGUCGAACCAGGUCGCUGCGGUCGGCAGCCAGGCCAACGCCAUGAAGCUGACCAACACCAGCGACCCGCAGCUGUUUCUCCGUGAGGCGGGCCAUGAGGCUAUUGAUGCUGGAGCGUUCCAUUACUCGACGUACCGUGCGCUCACGCGUUUCCUGGGCAUGGAUGGACAGCUGGAUGCGGGCUACGAUGUCCCGGUUGACUGGGUGGAGGCGUGGGACCAGAUGGUGCGCACGAACGACCUGAUCAAUGCCAACACGGGCGUCUUUGACCCGCGGCACAUGUACGGCGUCACGAACCAGGAUGUGUUCCGGUGGCCGGCAAUUAUGUGGGGAGUUGAGCGGCAGAUGCUGGGGACGUUUAUUACCACUUUAAUGCUGCCCGGCAUCCCCUUGCUCCUCUGGGGCGAAGAACAGGCGUUCUACGUGCUUGAUGCAACGGCCAGCAACUACAUCUACGGCCGUCAGGCGAUGAGUUCAGCCACGGCGUGGAAGACGCACGGCUGCUUCGCGCUCGAGUCCUCGCAGUACUACCAGUGGCCGCUGGUUGCCGCGCUGGACGGCUGCAUGGACGACACGGUGACAUACGACCACCGCGACCCGGCGCAUCCGCUGCGCAACAUGCUCAAGCACAUGUACCAGAUGCGCGAGGACUACCCGAUGCUCAACGACGGGUACGUGAUCGAGACGCUGUCGAACCAGACGACGGAGAUCCUGUACCCGGGUUCCAACACCACCGCGACCGAGACGGGCUUCUGGUCUGUCCGUCGCGACCUCAACACCGAGACGCAGGACUUCGGGUCCGUCGAGAAGAACGCGACCGUGUGGCUGGUCUACAGCAACAUGAACCGCACGCAUCUGUACGAGUUCGACUGCUCCGACAACGAGACCGCCCUGAUCUCGCCGUUCCCCAGCGGCACCACCGUCCGCAACCUGUUCUCCCCCUACGACCGGAUCAAGCUGGUCGACAGCACCGUCAAGAAGGGCUUCAACGGCUCCGACGACUACAACGGCUGCUACCCCAACAUGACCAUGAACCGCUACGAGUUCCGUGCGUACGUCAAGGAGAGUCUGUGGAAGGGCCCCAAGCCCAUGAUCACCAAGUUCCAGCCUGGGGACGGCGAGAACAACGGGCACGACACGCCGCUGCGCUCCACCGUCGCCCCGAAUGCCUUUGAGACGGUGCAGAUCACGCUGCAGUUCUCCGAAGCCAUGGACUGCGACUCCAUCAUCGACUCCAUCUCCUUCAACUCGUCCACCGAGUCCGGCAGGAAGCCCUCGAUCGACAGCGACUCCGUCUCCUGCGGCUCCAUCGCCGACGUCGCCAACAGCAACGUCACCGGCCAGAUCCCCGGCAAGUUCCAGUGGGUGGCCAACCUCACGGGCGUGUACAACGGCAUCCACCGCGUCACCGUCAACAACGUCAGCAACGAGGCCGGCGACGAGUCCACCAACGCGGUCGACCACUUCCUCUUCCGCAUCGGCCAGGUCGACAACCCCAUGGUCUUCUACUCCGCCAACUACUCCAGCUCGCUGCUGCACGAGAGAGACGACGGCAGCUUCUUCAUCCAGCACCACGCCGCCGGCGCCGACAAAUACCGCUACUCCACCAACUGGGGCACCACCUUCUCCAACUGGACCACCUACAAGGGCGGCAACGACACCAUCGCCAUCCAGGACUGGACCGGCACCAAGGCCCAGGAGUGGGCCGGCCACCACGUCCGCGUCGAGUACUGGUCGCGCUGGACGGGCUCGUCCUCACACGUCCAGGAGGGCGAUUCCGGCUGGAACCACAAGUCGCAGCGCCGCUUCCCGCACGCCUUCUUCAACGGCCCCUACAACCAAUACGGCUACGACGGCGGCCUGGACAACAAGAUCCGCCUCGACGCCGGCGGCGACAACUACUGGAAGUACCACUUCACGUCGGAGUGGCCGGCCGUCGGCCAGCUGAACGUCUGGGGCAUGAAUCCCGACGGCGAGCCGGAUCAGAGUUGGGUGCUGGGGGAUGUCGACGGGGAUAAUGUGCUCGACCGCAUGCCGCCUUCUUCGCUCUCGCCGACCCUGCUCAACAUCUCGGAUCACCCGCCGCAUCCGUAUAUCUCGUGGAAGCUGUACAUCAAUGACGCCACGCUGCACUACACCAAGGUCCCCGUCGGGCACCAGAGCAAGCAGAUCGCCAUGUUCGUGCUGUUCUGGAUCAUCCCGCUGCUGACCGGCGCCGCGUGCGUGUACAUCUUCAUGAAGUCGUUCUACAAGGUGAAGUUCAACGAGAUUGGCGCGGCGGGCGCAAGCACGGAGAUGAAGAGCCUUGUCCCGCUGGCGCUGCGCCGGAAAAUGAAGGAACUGCGAGUUGGGUCUGGCGCCGCGAAACCGAACCCGCUGAUGCGCCUCGCUGAGAAGUCCGGCUUCAUGCAGAGCACGACGGCGCUGGGUGCCGCUGGCGCCGCGGCAAAGAGACGCAUGGUGCUCAUCGCGACGAUGGAGUACGAUAUCGAGGACUGGGCGAUCAAGAUCAAGAUCGGUGGCCUGGGUGUCAUGGCGCAGCUGAUGGGCAAGACGUUGGGCCACCAGGACCUCAUCUGGGUUGUUCCUUGUGUUGGAGGUGUUGAUUAUCCCGUUGACACGCCCGCUGAACCCAUGACCGUCACCAUUCUCGGCCAGGCAUACCAGGUCAACGUGCAGUACCACGUCCUCAAGAACAUCACGUACGUCCUCCUCGACGCGCCCGUGUUCCGCCAGCAGACGAAAUCCGAGCCGUACCCGGCGCGCAUGGACGAUCUGGACUCGGCCGUCUACUACUCCGCCUGGAACCAGUGUAUCGCGGAAGCCAUCAAGCGCUUCCCCGUGGAUCUGUACCACAUCAACGACUACCACGGCUCCGUGGCGCCCUUGUACCUCCUGCCCGGCACAAUCCCGGCCUGUCUGUCGCUGCACAACGCCGAGUUCCAGGGUCUGUGGCCGAUGCGCACGCAGAAGGAGAAAGAGGAAGUCUGCUCGGUCUUCAACCUGGACGUCGAGACCGUGCGCAACUACGUGCAGUUCGGCGAGGUGUUUAACCUGCUACACGCGGGCGCCAGCUACCUGCGCGUCCACCAGCAGGGCUUCGGCGCGGUCGGCGUGUCCAAGAAAUACGGAAAGCGCUCGUACGCCCGCUACCCGAUCUUCUGGGGCCUGCGCAAGAUCGGAAACCUGCCGAACCCGGACCCCAGCGAUGUCGGCGAGUGGACCAAGGGCGAGAUGGUCAAGGACGAGGAUAUCCGCGUUGAUCCGGACUUCGAGGCUAACCGUGGCGAUCUGAAGCGUCAGGCGCAGGAGUGGGCUGGGCUUGAACAGAACCCUGAUGCGGAUCUGCUGGUGUUUGUGGGCCGCUGGUCCAUGCAGAAGGGUGUUGAUCUUAUUGCGGAUGUUAUGCCUGCUGUUCUGGAGGCACGGCCUAAUGUCCAGCUUAUUUGUGUUGGUCCGGUUAUCGAUCUGUAUGGCCGCUUUGCAGCGCUGAAACUCGACCGCAUGAUGAAGGUCUACCCUGGGCGUGUCUUCUCGCGUCCGGAAUUCACGGCCUUGCCCCCGUAUAUCUUUUCCGGCGCGGAAUUCGCGCUGAUCCCGUCGCGCGACGAGCCGUUUGGUCUUGUGGCGGUGGAGUUUGGAAGGAAGGGUGCGCUUGGUAUUGGAGCGCGCGUUGGUGGACUUGGUCAGAUGCCCGGUUGGUGGUAUAACGUGGAGUCGGUGUCGACGUCGCAUCUGCUCAUGCAGUUCAAGCUUGCCAUUGAUGCGGCGCUGAGCUCCAAGGUUGAGACACGCGCCAUGAUGCGUGCGCGUUCUGCAAAACAGCGUUUCCCUGUUGCGCAGUGGGUGGAGGAUCUGGAGAUUCUGCAAUCCACCGCGAUCAAUGUCCAUGAUAAGGAGGUGUCCAAGGGGCAUAAUGGCGGACGGCCCAUGACGCCGACGACGCCGGCCGGUGCGCUCAUGCCUGGGGCCAUGACGCCCGGAGCCAUGACGCCCUCACGGCCUGGGACUGGGUUCUCGCAGGGCAUGGGCGCCGCGCUGUCUGUGCCGCACUCGCGGAACAGCAGCUACAGCAACCUCAACCGGCUCAGCGAUAUCGGCACGCAGGCGCAGCGGAACGUCACGGAGCAGCAGCCCCGCCAGUCGUCUACCGGCGGUGGUCUGCAGCGCUCGCUGUCGCUGGGUGUGCGGUCUGGCCCUGGCCACCGUCGUGGCCGCGAGCAGAAGCAGGCCGGCGACGCCGACAACAUCCCCGAGGCCAACGAGGACGAGCACAGCAACAGCGACACCGAGAGCGUGCCGGACUACUUCGAGGAAGACGAGUACACGCUGACCCCGGCGCAAAUCGAAGAGAGCAGACGCGCCCAGGCCAACCGCUCCAGCUCGUUCAACGCCAGCCACAACUCCCUGCAGCCGCCCACGUCUCCCCUCCCCAUGCCCCCAUCAAGCCCGGGCUCCCCAGGCGCAGAGCACGCCCUCCUCCCAAUCCCCAAGCCCUUCGCCGAGCCCGGCAACCGCCUCUCCAGCGCAUCCGUGCUGUCAUUGGACUCCGUCGUCGGCGGGAAAAAGGACUUCAAGCUGCAGAAGGUCGACCCCUUCUUCACCGACUCCAACGGCGAGUUCGCCCGCACCUUCGAGCACCAACUCGAGUCGCUGAACGGCUCCAACUCCGAGUCCCAGCUGUGCAUCGAGGAGUUCCUCGUCAAGUCCGAACGCCGCUGGUUCGACCGCUUCCGCGACGCAAAGCUCGGCCGCAUCAAGUCGCCCACGCCCUCCAUCUUCCGCGACAACCACCUGCACGGCAGCCGCAACGGUUCACCCGAUGGGUCGCUGUACGUCGACGUCGACGUCAAUGCGCCCCGGCACAGCGGCGACGCCAUGCACGAGUCUGACGAUACGGACGACGAGUUCCUGCUGGGCAAGGACUAUGUCCCGCCCACGGGGCUGAAGAAGUGGAUGCAGAUCAAGAUCGGCGAUUGGCCGGUCUACACGCUCUUCCUUGCUCUUGGUCAAAUUAUCGCGGCCAACUCGUACCAGAUUACGCUUUUGACAGGCGAGGUGGGCCAGACGGCCGAGAAACUGUAUGGCAUUGCGACCGUGUACGCGAUUACCUCUGCGUGCUGGUGGCUUGUGUUCCGGUACUUCAAGAGCAUUGUUUGCCUCAGCACGCCGUGGUUCCUGUACGGCAUUGCGUUCCUGUUCAUUGGGUCGGCCCACUUCGAGGCGGAUUCCUUUACGCGCGGCUGGAUCCAGAAUGUCGGCAGUGGGUUCUACUCUGCGGCUUCGUCGUCUGGAUCGAUCUUCUUCGCGUUGAACUUUGGUGACGAAGGUGGUGCGCCCGUCAGCAAGUGGAUUUUCCGCGCGUGUGUGGUGCAGGGCCUGCAGCAGGUCUAUGUCAUUGCGCUGUGGUACUGGGGUUCGACGAUGGCGGCGGCUUCAAGUGAGGGCUUGCUGACGGCCGAUAAUAAGAUCUCGAAUACGUGGAAGAUGUCAGCCAUCUGCUACCCCAUCGCCCUGCUCCUCUGGGGCAUCGGACUCCUCCUCAUCUUCGGCCUACCCAACUACUACCGCCAAAAGCCCGGCAAAGUGCCCUCGUUCUACAAGUCGCUCUUCCGCCGCAAAAUCGUGCUGUGGAACUUCGUCGCCGUCAUCCUGCAGAACUUCUUCCUGUCCGCCCCCUACGGCCGCAACUGGUCGUUCCUAUGGACCUCCGACCACGCCAAAGCCUGGCAGAUCGUCAUCCUCUGCGUCAUCUUCUUCGGCCUCCUCUGGUGCGCCUUCCUCUACAUCGUCUCCACCUUCUCCAAGCAGCACUCCUGGUUCCUGCCCGUCUUCGCUUGCGGCCUCGGCGCCCCUCGCUUCCUGCAGAUCUGGUGGGGCGUCUCCGGCAUCGGGUACUACCUCCCCUGGGUCGCGGGCGGGUAUACAGGCGGCGCUUUGGUCUCGCGCAGUCUGUGGCUGUGGCUCGGUGUGCUGGAUAGUAUCCAGGGCUUGGGCUUUGGUAUUAUCCUCCUGCAGACGCUCACGCGCAUGCACAUGUGCUUCACGCUCAUUGUCUCUCAGGUCCUGGGAUCCAUUGCGACGAUCGUGGCUCGUGCCUGCGCGCCGAAUAAUGUCGGUCCUGGGCCUGUCAGUCCCGAUAUGACCAAGGGCGCCGGGGAGCUCGCGAACGCCUGGUUCUGGGUUGCGCUGUUCUGCCAGCUGCUUGUUUGUGCGGGCUUCUUGCUCUUCUUCCGCAAGGAGCAGCUUUCGAAGCCGUGA